AUGUCUUUUCGAGACGUUAGCACAGGCCAAAAGUCUUUAGGGGAAAGGUCAACUUCAUUGACUUUCACGAGUUCAAACGAUUUCUUUCUACCAGAUGGUGGCUCUUAUAACGUGAUCAUUCAUGGGUUUCUUCGCCAUAAGGAUCCACUUGAAGCAAUGGACCUCAUUCACGAGAUGGUUUCGAAAGGCUUCUCAGCCGAUGCCAGGACGAUGACAUUGCUAAUAGAAUUGGUGCCCAAGAAUCAGUUGGAUCAUCCGGUUUUCCAGAAGCUGUUGAGUGGUCCUGAUAUCAAGAGUCAUAAAAUUGGGUCCAGCGGUCUAUCUGCUGCUGCUGCUGCUACUCAAGGAACUUGCUGA